GCCACGUAGUUCUUGACUUCGUAACACAUUAAAAUGCUUACGAUUGUCUUACAAAAAUAAUACUUAAAUAUAGUUAAAAAAAUGCAUCGUUAUUUAAAGGAUAGCGUAUUGUUAAAAAAAUCUUUAGAGAAAAUAUAUAAUGCCAAAAAUAGUGUAAGAUGUGUAGCUACCAAAGGAUUGAAUUCAGAUAUCUUGUUUCCCGAGAGAGCAGACUUUCCCGGGAGGCAUAUAGGGCCUCGUGAUCAAGAUGUGGUUACUAUGCUGGAUUUAUUGGGAUACAAGAGCUUAGACCAACUGACAAAUGAUGCCGUUCCGAAGAAAAUUCAACUGCAAGGUUUAAUGGACAUCAGUGAACCGAUGAGCGAAUACGAUCUCAUAGACCGCGUACGCAUAAUAGCCGAAAAGAAUCGAAUAUGGCGCUCUUAUAUCGGUAUGGGGUAUCAUAACUGCUGCGUGCCGCAUUCCAUCAUGAGAAAUAUGUUUGAAAACCCGGGAUGGACAACACAAUAUACUCCUUAUCAACCCGAAGUGGCUCAAGGGCGAUUGGAAAGCCUGCUAAAUUAUCAGACUAUGGUUAGUGACCUCACAGGAUUGGACGUAGCGAAUGCAUCGCUGUUAGAUGAAGGCACAGCCGCCGCAGAGGCCUUAUCACUAUGUCAUAGACACAACAAAAGGGCAAAAUUUGUAGUAUCAGAAAGGCUCCAUCCUCAAACAUUGGCUGUUGUACAAACACGCCUAGAUGCCCUUGGGUUGGAAGUGAUGGUAGUACCAGAUGUACGGCAAGUAGAUUUUGCUCAGAGAGACAUAUCCGCUGUACUCCUUCAGUGUCCCGAUACCAGAGGUUUGGUAUACGAUUACUCUGCGUUGGCGGCCGGUGCGCAGGAGCAUGGAACUUUAGUCGUAGUAGCAACAGACCUCUUAGCGUUAGCGUUGCUAAGACCGCCGGCAGAAAGCGGAGCUGCGCUUGCUGUUGGUACCUCUCAACGGCUAGGAGUGCCACUCGGGUAUGGAGGACCGCAUGCUGGCUUUUUUGCUGCAGAACAUGCUCUUGUGCGACUGAUGCCUGGACGCAUGGUUGGCGUUACAAGGGAUAUAACUGGAAGAGAUGCAUACAGAUUAGCGCUUCAAACAAGAGAACAACAUAUUCGGAGAGACAAAGCCACUUCCAAUAUUUGCACAGCACAAGCUCUAUUGGCCAAUAUGUCUGCCAUGUACGCCGUGUAUCAUGGACCUCAAGGUUUGCGGGAUAUUGCUGCUCGUGUUCAUAAUUCUACGCUCGUGUUGGAUCAUGGCAUAAGGCAACGUGGGCAUAAGCAAAGUAACGAUGUCUAUUUCGAUACUUUAUACAUAGUUCCAUUGCCCGAACAUAAUGCAAGUGACAUUAAAGGUCGCGCUCAAGAGAAGAAAAUAAACUUAAGAUACUUCGAUGACGGUGCUGUCGGUGUAGCAUUAGACGAGACCACGACCAUGCAAGAUGUUGAUGAUUUGCUGUGGAUAUUUGAUUGUAAAAACGUUGGCGAGGUAAUGAAAAGCAAUGACGUCACAUCACGAAGUAUAGUCAAAGGACCUUUCAGAAGGACGUCACCGUAUCUCACUCACCCUGUGUUCAAUAUGCACCAUUCUGAAACCAGAAUCGUACGCUAUAUGAAACGGCUGGAAAACAAGGAUAUAUCUUUGGUUCACUCAAUGAUUCCAUUGGGAUCUUGCACAAUGAAAUUGAAUUCUACAACUGAAAUGAUGCCAUGUUCUUUCAAACAUUUUACUGACAUCCAUCCAUUUGCGCCUCUUGAACAAUGUCAAGGAUACCAUUCGCUCUUUGAAGAGCUUGCAAGUGAUUUGUGUGCUAUUACUGGGUAUGAUCGUGUUUCAUUUCAACCCAACAGUGGUGCUCAGGGCGAAUAUGCUGGAUUAAGAACAAUUAAACGUUAUCAUGAGUUCCGUGGUGAUACUGGACGUAACAUUUGCCUCAUUCCUGUUAGUGCACACGGGACAAACCCAGCGUCUGCCCAUAUGGCUGGGAUGCGUGUCUGUGCGAUACGCGUCACACCUUCUGGUGAUAUUGACAUGGAACAUCUAAAAGAUAUGGUAGAGGAGCAUAGUGCAAAGUUAUCAUGUUUGAUGCUUACGUACCCCAGCACAUUUGGAGUGUUUGAAGAGCGAGCAGCCGACAUAUGUGCUUUAGUACAUGCACACGGCGGCCAAGUUUAUUUAGAUGGUGCCAACAUGAAUGCGCAGGUAGGACUAUGUCGUCCUGGUGAUUAUGGCAGUGACGUGUCACACUUAAAUCUGCACAAGACCUUUUGCAUACCUCACGGCGGCGGUGGUCCUGGUAUGGGCCCUAUUGGAGUGAAAGCGCAUUUGGCACCUUUUCUCCCAUCACAUCCAGUGGUGGAUCCAUUAGCUGACUUGGGAGAUGCCGCACACAGUUUUGGCUCAGUCAGUGCUGCCCCGUUUGGAUCUUCUGCCAUUUUGCCGAUAUCCUGGGCAUAUAUAAAGAUGAUGGGACCAAAAGGUCUUAAACGAGCUACGCAAGUGGCAAUACUCAACGCCAACUACAUGUCGAGACGGUUGGAGGGCCACUACAAAACGCUAUACAAAGGUGAAAGAGGACUCGUCGCACAUGAAUUCAUUAUAGACGUACGGGAUCUGAAGAAAACCGCAAAUAUAGAACCUGGAGAUAUUGCUAAACGACUGAUGGACUUCGGCUUUCAUGCACCUACAAUGUCUUGGCCUGUUGCUGGUACAUUAAUGAUUGAACCAACAGAAUCAGAAGAUCUACAGGAACUAGACAGAUUCUGUGAAGCUCUAAUUACUAUCAGAAAGGAAAUUAAAGAUAUUGAAGAUGGGCUUAUUGACAAGCGCCUAAACCCCCUAAAGAUGGCGCCACACACUCAGGCUGAGGUGAUUUCAGAAGAUUGGAAUCGUCCUUACAGUCGCGAACAGGCAGCAUUUCCAGCUCCAUUUGUAAAGGGUGAAACGAAGAUUUGGCCUACGGUAGGGCGAAUUGAUGACAUGUAUGGUGAUAAACAUCUUGUAUGCACAUGUCCUCCUGUUUUAGAUGAUUUUUGAUGGGUGAUUAAGUUAAUAAAACAAUACCUCAGCUGUCGCAUAAUAUUCGCUUGAACGGCGAUUACUUACAGCGGAAUGCAGUGGAGGUUGUGAUGGAGCGGUUGGUGGUGCUGGCGGUGUGACUCGGUAUCGAUGCAGCGACCGGAGUCGUGGGAGCUCCGGCGCCGAGCCGAACGCUACCACGCGGGUCACCAGCGAGUCCCCGGCCUCCCAGAUUGCGCCUGCGCCACCACCCAUACAGCUGUAGAACUCGUCCGCUGAACGCGCCGAAAGUAUACGACUACGGAUAAGACAUAAAAUUUCAAGUAUAGUAAAAAUUACCAUCUGAUAUUCGCUGUAAGUGAUCCAUAUGAUGCGCUAAUCUUGGAAGUCUCAAUCGAAGCAAAUCUCUGAAUGCGGCCAUAUCAGCUGACAGCCCACGCAGAUCAUCAGCAAAGUAACCUUCAGGUAAUACUGCUUCCACCAGAUAAAUCAUCACCUGUAAGAUAAUAUUUUUUUUUGGUUUAACAAUUGACUUAUUAAUAAAAUUAUAGCUACUCAACAGAUU